UCAACAACAACCAUCAUGGCGGCCGCAGAGGGAGAAUCAAACCACGCAGAGGGAAAGCUGGAGUUUUCUCUAGACGUUCCUUUCCCUUCGUCUCGUGACGCCGUCAUCGCUCUGAACUCUUUGUCACCCGACAGAGAACCGAGGAGAGGAGGCAUCAGUAAACACCUGGAGGUGACAGGAAGCACGCUGUCUGUGAAGUGGAGCGCAGAUGAAGCUCGGAUCCUCCGCGUGUCAGUGAACUCGUUUAUGGAUCAUCUGUCGCUCGUCAUGGAAACCAUGGAGAUGUUCGGACCCGCUGUCCCGCUCUGAGUUCAACAUCUGGAUCAGGAAGGUUCAGGUUCAACAUCUGGAUCAGGAAGGUUCAACAUCUGGAUCAACAUCUGGAUCAGGAGGGUUCAGGUUCAACAUCUGGAUCAACAUCUGGAUCAGGAGGGUUCAGGUUCAACAUCUGGAAGAAAGAACAGGCUGAAAAAAGGACAUUUAACUGGCAGCUGUUUUUUUAAGCGCUUAUUUGAACUUUUCUGGAGGCUGAGAGAUCACAAAGACGUUAAAACAUGUUUUCUAUUGAGUUUAAAUAAAUGAAUGUACAGCAUCGAUAUUAUUAAUGUUACAACAAACUACAAUAAACCUGAUUUCAAACAUUUGCAGCUUUUCUGUAUUUAAAUUAAACAGGUUUUAUUUAAAGCAGCAACAAUAUUCAUA